CCACGGAGAAGUUCUUAUGUAAGAUGUUCCCAAUCACAUCUCCGUCUGAGUCUGAGGCAUAAGGUCGCUUUAAGAGAUACCAGCCCCUAUCAGUGAUCCUGGCAGGACGCCUCCCACCUUCCCCUCGACCAAAAACUGCGCGUCUCACCUGAUGCGGAGCAGAGCCAGAAGUCCCAGAAGAAAUCACAUUCGGUGAGAAACCACAGCUGAUCUGACGGUUAAUUAGAUUAUAGUGUUUUCUUGCUCGACUGUAACUCUUUUGUCCCUGUGUAGUGGUGUGUUUACUGAAAGAGAACAGUGAGCGCAGACGAGUGGAGUCUCUCUUCUACCUGUCCGGAGCUCACAAAGUCCGAGGCGCACAGCUGCACGCAGACAGUGGAUCCAGCAGAGCUGCAGAGACCGACGGCUGCAAAUGAAGACUGAUGUAGAGACUGCCAGGGAUUAAGGAUGAGGGGAAACUGUAAAAAUUGCAAAUAUUAUUCCUGAAGUAAUUUGCGAAAGUGUGACAAAACAAAUUAGUUCAAUUAGUCCUCCGCCUUUGAAGUGAGCCCAGGAGAACCACCAUGGAGCUGCAGCACAACACCUAUCACAACCAAGCCUCAUGGAGAGAGAUACCGUGGGAUUUGGCCGAGGACUGCAGCCUGUCAGUGGGUGGCACCACUUUCCUGAUCGUUGCUUACAGCACAGUCAUGGCAGUGGGUCUCAUCGGGAACUCCUGCCUGGUGUUCGUCAUCACCAGGCACAAGGAGAUGCACAACGUUACCAACAUCUUUAUCGUCAACCUGUCUUGCUCUGACAUUCUCAUAGGCAUUAUAUGCAUGCCGGCCACGAUUAUCUACACACUAAUGGACCACUGGAUCCUAGGAGACACCCUCUGUAAGCUCACGCCCUUCAUCCAGUGCAUAUCAGUUACUGUCUCCACCUUCUCCCUCGUCCUCAUCGCCAUGGAGCGCUACCAGCUCAUUGUCCAUCCGACUGGAUGGAAACCCAUGGUGGGCCAGUCCUACUUGGCAGUGGCUGUCACCUGGAUCGUGGCCUGCCUAAUCUCAGUGCCUUUCCUCUCCUACACCGUGCUCACCUUCCCUUUCCAAAACAUGAGCGUCCCCUACCCGAUCAACGAGCAUCUCGUUUGUAUGGAGCUGUGGCCAUCGGUCCAAGAAAGGCGGGCCUACACCACCUCCCUCCUCAUCUUCCAGUACUUCCUUCCUGUCAUCCUCAUCAUGAUCUGUUACUUACACAUCUAUCUGCGCCUCAGGAGGAGGAAGGACAUGGUGGACCGUGGCAGGAACAACACUCAGAAGAAGAACAAAGGCGCUACGAGGAUCAACACCAUGUUAAUUUCCAUAGUGGUGGCAUUCGCCCUCUCCUGGCUCCCUCUCAACGUCUUCAACACCGUGUUCGACUGGAACCACGAGGCCAUCCCGUCCUGUGGCCACGACAUCAUAUUCUCAUUCUGCCACCUCACCGCCAUGGUCUCCACCUGCGUCAACCCCAUCAUCUAUGGCUUCCUCAACAGCAAUUUCCAGAAACAGCUCAAGUCCACCCUGUUGAGCUGUCGCUGCUGGGGGGUGACAGAGAGGUAUGAGAGCGUCCCACUCUCCACUGUCAGCACAGAGGUUACAAAAGGGUCGAUCUUGAGCAAUGGAUCUAUCAGCAACAAUACUUAAAAGCAAGCCCCUUCGUUGAAGGACAAAGGAACUAGCGAGGACCCCUCAGCCCUCUUUGUUUCCUCCUUUGGCGCUUUUGUUGCAAGGUUGACAUUUGCAAAUUUAUAAACCUCACAAUAGCAGUCCAGAGGCGGCACACUGAAGACACCACAACAUGGUGCAGUGCCCUCAAUUCAAUAUGAGUUCACAUGGAAGAGGAAGUAGAUAACAGAUGAUAGUGCAAAGGUUGGGCAAGUUUAAGUAUUGUAGAAUAGCUGAGGAUAGUUUACACACAUUUGCAUCCAUGGUGUGUACAGUUCUUUAUCAGACAGCCUUCAGUCUGAUAUACACGGAUCCUGUUUUCUCUCUGAGCGCUGACAUCUCCCGAUAAGUUGUUCUUAAACCCAUAUCAGCUGUUUAGGCUUUACUUUUCACACUUUUACUUGCUAAAAGUGAGGGAGUACUGGAAGGUCAAACGUGUUGAGGCACAGCAAAUGUUCAUUCAGUGGCUGUUUAAUGUUAAUAGUAUUGAUGAAGAUAUUAAGGGACUGUGGUGUGUUAAUGAUUAUCAACAGAGUAGCUUAUUACACGUCUGAAGGUGAUAACAUUAGUGCAUUAAAUGUGGCUGUGGGCGUUCAUUCAGACAAUUUACUUGCAUCAUCUUAAUGCGUUUCUUAUUGCCUAAAAUCACCGUUGGUGUAAUGAACUUUCACAGCGAACCUUGAAAAUAGCUGUACAUUUCACGCUGUACGCCAAAGUCUGCUCUCCAGUAUAUUUGAGUGUGCGUUUGGGGCAGUACUUCUCAUACAAUGUUCCAUGCAACCACCAUAUAUCAACUGCAAUAACACAAAAUAAAAGUGGCAGGUUCCUUCUGCUGUAUAUAACACAUGACACAGUUAUAGCUUUUGGUGUGGUCGGCAAUAAAGAGCACUUUGUAGCAUAGCAAAUAUCUCCUGUUAGUCUUUGUGCUAUUUACCUGCAUUGAAGCAUUUACUUUAUCUGUAAUGGGAGUGCCUGUAUUACGAUAUUUGGUUUGAAUUAGUCACACUGUUUGAUCUUUGGUUCUUGUACUGCCUUUUAUUUAGUUUUAUUUUUUUCUGCAUAUUUCAUUGGUUUCUGAGAGUGUGUUGAACACAGGUUUCUUUUAUUUUUUAUAUUGCUGUCAUCCGCCAGGUCAGAUCAGAUCAUUUGUAUCAUUCUUAACAGAUACUGGAUUAGUCCUAAGUCUCUCAUUAAAAGUAAAAUGGUACACUGGGACCAAACUACACCAUCACCACAUAGGGAACACUAUGCUGUGUGGGAUCCUAAUUCUUCUAACAUUAUGGCAUUGACUUGAUUAUUCAAGAGUCAAUCAGCACUUGUUUGACAUGACGUUGUAUUAUAAAGUGUGCGUAAGGGGGGGAAAAAACUCCACUUGUAAAUAUUAAAUAUUUCAAACACUU